GCCGUUAGCGCGCGGCCGUUAGCGGUCGCGCUCCCGCAACGGUCGGCGUCGCGGCGGUCUGGGUGGGCUCCUGUCCGCGUGACCUGGCCCUUGUUUGCACGUUCGCCUCCUUCACGGAUGCAGUCACCGCGCGGGGUGGCCGCCCGUGAGGUAGCUAUCACGGCUUGUGACAACGAAUAAAGCUCCCGGACAGCGGCGCCCUCAGCGAUAGCUGGGUGGACAGCCCGGGCUGGGAGCAGCGACCCGUGAGCUACCGUGAGGAGCGAGCAGCGGAGCCCACCUCCGGCCCGGCCCCGCAUCAGCCGCCUGGCAGGCGCGACAUGAGCCUGGUCUGGCACCCGCGGGAUGCUCCUUGAGCCCCUUCUCCGGCUGUUACCUCCAGGGACGAUUGUGGCCACACCGACACGUAUUUUCCAAAUAAAUCAGUGUUUAUUCUUGCGACGGCGGCGGGGCCGAACACGUUAAUUUAUUUUUCAUUUUCUCAGCAAGCAUUUGCCCAGCAUUUUUACAGUGAAACAACUUGGUAAGCGUUUGGAGGGAGCAUCCGCCGGGUUAGGAAAUCACGGACUGAGCAGCUUGUGGAAGCCCGCAUUUGCCACGCCCCUCCUCUAAUAUUUUGAAGAUUGUUGCGUCUUGUAACUACCGGUGUGCACAGAAUCCUACCCAAGGAACGUCGUGGUCCAGCGAUGCAAAGAACUGAAGUUUCAAGGUUUAUUUCUAUUGCUAGAUGGUCGGGAUAGCCCCAGCAACUGGGAACCGCUCAGUAAUGUCAGCUACAGUGGGUCCCUUAUGGGGACACCAAAUUUUAGCGCGUGCGCCCUUUUCUCUCCUCUUCCAGCCUGUCCAAGCGCUUUUGAUGAGUAAGAAGGCGACAAAUGUCAGCUUUUGCAACUGCAACUCAUGGGUUAGAAGAGGAGAUGGAGCAAGCACAAAGAAAAGGCGGGCAGGCUAGCCUUGGUCUUCUGAGCAGCUACUGCCUUAGAGUGGUAUUCAUGCAGAAUAGUUGAAAGUCCCUGGAGGGAUUCAUGAUCCCCUGCCUUGAUCCGAGGCCAUGGGUACCGGAAUGACCUAAUGGAGUGACUGGAGUGUUUCUCUGGAGUGACCUAAAUCACCCUGCUCUACUUCUAAGAAAUAUUAUCCUCCGACUAGACACAGUCCUUCCUUCACAGGGGUGAAUUUGAUUUCUUUUGUCCCCCUUCACUUUUAGGCAUUUACCCACCACCAAUGAAAACUUGGUAACUUUGUAAUAUGCUGACAUUGGUGGCUAGAGGAGUGGCAAGGUGUCCUCCACUUUUGGGUAUUUUAUUUGGCUCAUAUCUAGGAACAGGCCAAAGCUCAGUGGCCAUUUGAGCCUGGUGAAAGCGAGUGGUAGGAGCUAAGGACCUGACUUUUCAGGGUUUUUUGUUGUUUGUUUUGCUAUUUUGAACCAGGGGUUGAACUCAUGGGUGCUUAACCACUGAGCCACAUCCCCAGCGUUCUGUUUAUAUUUUAUUUUGAGACAGGGUUUCACUAAGUUGCUUAGGGCCUCACUAAAUUGCUGAGUCUGGUUUUGAACUCCCGAUCCUUCUGCCUUAGACUCCUGAGCCACUGUCAGUGUUAUUUUUUGAGGGAAUUGUUGCCUUUAUGCAGCCAAACCCUUAUAGGCUCCUUUGUCUAGGAAAGAGCUACUUCACCUGGCUUUUACUGGGUAAAAUUAAGUUAGCCACACUCUGGUGCAAAAGUGACUUUUUUUCCUGGGUGCUAGCCCAUGCAUUUGAUAGACACGAAGAAAAAAAAUCACUUUUCUAGUUGAGCAAUGAUUCCAAGUUCUUAAAUUUCUGUGUGAUAGCAAUAUAACAUGGGAGUUAAUGUUGGCCUCUGAAACCUGGCUACUUGGGUUGAAAUCCCACCUAUAUUUCCUACUAUCUCUGACCUUGGGCAAGAUAAUUACCUCUUCAUGUCUUAGUCUUCUCAUCUUGAAAGUGGAGAUAAUAGUAACUAAUGCAUGUGUGUGUAUGUGUUAACAUAUAUAAAGUGCCUAGAACAAUUCUUGACACAGUUUAAUAAUUAUUAGCUAUGAUUAUUGUUGAUACUGGGUGCAUCCCUUUUAUUCCAUCACAUGGGUUGAGAGAUGAAGUGCACUAUUGCUUUGAUCCUGUGGAACUUGGUAACCAAAUGUAGAAUCAAAUUGCUGACCAAGCCCUGUUUAUAUUUAUAGCUGGAAGAGCCUGUAUUGUCUUCAUAAUAGUAUAGAAGAAUUCAAGAUAGGAGAGAGAGGCAGCAGCGAAUGAAGACUAUAAAAGAAAAGAAGAAGGAACGCCUAAGAUUGAGGAAAUCUGCCAGGACUAGGAAGGUAACCCAGAGGAAGCCGCCUUCAGGGCCUGUUUGCCGGCUAUGCCUUCGAGAACCUGGGGAUCCGGAAAAGUUAGGAGAAUUCCUUCAGAAAGACAAUCUCAGCGUGCAUUAUUUCUGUCUUAUCCUAUCUAGCAAGCUGCCUCAGAGGGGCCAAUCCAACAGAGGUUUCCAUGGAUUCCUGCCUGAAGACAUCAAAAAGGAGGCAGCCCGGGCUUCUAGGAAGAUCUGCUUUAUAUGCAAGAAAAAGGGAGCUGCUAUCAACUGCCAGAAGGAUCACUGCAUCCGAAACUUCCAUCUGCCUUGUGGCCAAGAAAGGGGUUGCCUUUCACAAUUUUUUGGAGAGUACAAAUCAUUUUGUGGAAAACAUCGCCCAACACAGAACAUCCAACAGGGGAAUGUGGGAGAGGAAAGCUGUGUCUUGUGUUGUGAAGACUUAUCCCAAGCAAGUGUUGAGAACAUCCAGAGCCCAUGUUGUAGUCAAGCUAUCUACCACCGCAAGUGCAUCCAGAAAUAUGCUCACACAUCAGCAAAGCAUUUCUUCAAAUGUCCUCAGUGUAACAACCGAGAAGAGUUUCCUCAAGAAAUGCUAAGAAUGGGAAUUCAUAUACCAGACAGGAGGUGGCGCCUCAUUCUGUGUGCUACGUGUGGAUCCCACGGAACCCAUAGGGACUGCUCCUCUCUUAGAUCCAACAGCAAGAAAUGGGAGUGUGAGGAGUGUUCACCUUCUGCUUCAGCCAUAGACUACAGACUUGAAAAAUCAAAUGAUAUUCCCUGCUGCAGCAGCACCUUCUACCCUCAGGAGCAUUUCUGCAGAGACACCAGCCUGGAAGAAAAUCCAGGCCCUUCUUGGACUGAUUGGCCAGGACCUUCCUUAGUAGAAAAGCCAGAGUCCUCUGGUGGCAGGAAGAACCGCUCCUGGCAGUCCAAGGGUGUCAAAAUCACUAAGAGGUGCAAAAAAUCCAAGUAACAACUUCUGAGUAGUUGCUGCCAAGCACAGUUGGGUACUAAGUAGCACUCCUCCAUUGGAUUUGGGGGAGGGAACGCUUUGGGACUGUGAGCCAAGGAAAGGGGGCCAGUAGUGAGACUAUGAGCCAAGGAAAGAAGUCCCAAGGGAGCGUAAGGAGUGCACAGAGUCCAGAUGCCAACAGCCAAGCGUAUUUGUGGCUAUGAA